UUUACACGGUGCGGGUUCAAGCCGGAUCGAGACUAGUUCAGGUACCAGCCGGUUUAUUUUCCCUCGUGUAAAAGCGAACCUACCGUCCUGAACCCUCCUGGUCCGAGGCGGGUUCCGAUUGCCGGUCUCGGGUCGGUGCAGGCCGGUGUAGGCCGGUGGAGGAGGGUUUAUUUAUGAGUGUAAAAGCGAACUGGCUCCGAGCCGGUUUGCACACGGUACUCGCGUGACGUCAUUCGCGGGAAUAGCUGCCGUGUUCCUUGCAUGAAAUUUUCCGCGGAAAGAAAUUGCUGUGACAUCUUCAAUUUAUCGAGAGAUUUUGUCGAGUUUAUCAAUUAUUUCGUCAGUUUAGUUAAUCAGAUAUGGCUGAUGAUAGAGGGACGUCGUGGAGCGACCAGGAGACUACGGUAUUGAUCGAAAUAUGGGGCGACAGUACCAUCCAGAGGGCACUUGAUGGUGCCAAACAUAACUCUAAAGUGUACGAGAGGGUCUCGGCACGUAUGCAGAUACGUGGUUACAAAGAUAGGACUGCAUUGAAAUGUCAGAACAAGAUGAAGAGACUAAAAGAAAAAUACAGGGAGGAGCUGAAAAGAGUAAAUAAGUCUGGCGCUGGUGGCAGGAUCAACAUGUGGCGGUUUUUCGAUCCAAUAGAUGCAAUAAUUGGGGAUCGCCCAACAUGUACGCCCCCAGUGUUGUUGCAGACAGGGAGAUUGUCUGUUAGGAGCCCAACUCCAAGCAGUUCAAACUUGGGAAGUGAUGAGGCUGGCGACGAUGAGGAGCCCGCGGACGAAGAUGGCAGCUGUAGCUUCGCAGAGCAACAGGCCAAUAUGAAUAAUACCAGUACAUCAUCAGGAGCUGGGAAUCAGACGGAUUUAGAUGACAUGACAUUGCCAGAACUAAAUGGUGAUGAACCCACACCUGACACUAGUACUAGUAGUGUUGCUAGUGCCACUGCUAUUGUGAGUAAGCCCAGGGAAAAGCGCAAGCUUAAGCAACCUGAACAAGACCCUGGUACUGGUAAAUCUAGUAAAAAGUCCCUGGCAGCAGCAGAUGUGAGUCGGCUCAUUGAUAUCUUCACAUCAAGUCAAAGAGAAAGUGAUGGCAAAUUCCUAGUUAUGGAGGAAAGACGAAUUGCUGCAGAGAGGGAGAUGGAGCAGGCCCGCUUGGAGACAAUGAAGCAGAUGGAGGCAAAGCGAGCAGAAAUGGACAUGCAGAUGCGUGCUCAAGAGCAAAAACAUGAACAACGCAUGAUGGAGAUGAUGAUGAUGUUCAUGAAUGGUUCAGCUGCACAAGCUCCUGCGAUGACCAUGGCAGCACCUCAGAAUCAUGGCCACACUUACCAGAGUGCAGCGUCAGUUCAGCAGCGACAACGGCCACCGGUACAUGUAGCUCGAGAUACAUCCUUGCAGACUGGAGUUAAAAGCCAGUCUUUCUCUAAUAUUCCCCCAUUUUCGACCUAUGGGCCAUACCAAAACCAAUAACGUAAAAGAAACACCGCAAUGAAAGAAAAACUGCUCAUCAAUAUACAUACAUGUAGUUGAAACUGAGAGUCUGACAUGGACUGACAAUAGCCUUGUCCACAUUUUUCAGAAAUGUUCUGAUUUUCAAGAUAUUUGAACAAUUUUGAUGAAACCUACCUCAAAUGAAUCUUCCCAGAGAUUCUCAGCAUUCUAUUUCUAUUCCAUUCCAAAGUGUGUAUUGACCACAACAAUGGAAUAGAAUGCUGGG